UAUUCUCAUUGAAUUCAUGAGCUGUCUUCCAUGCGCUACCCUGUUUAAAGGGCAGGCUUAACCGUGAGCAGAGCCGCUCAGCUUCUGACAGAAAGGUAUUUCACUCGGCGCUCUUGUGGAAAGAGACACAAAGGGCCCAUCCACCAAGACGGGAUCAGAAAAUCUGACAAGUCCAAAUUACUUAGCGGGCAGAAAGAGCUGGCGAAGGCCUCCUCAUUCAGCCUGAGCCUCUUUGGGUUUGUUGCCGAGCCUCUUUUGGUUUGGGCCAGAGCCCAGCUUUAAGGGUUGGGCCUGUCGUGAGCUCACUCUUUCUGUGCGUUCACACUGCAGCCAAUCACCCUCCCAGUCUUUAAGCUUGGCCCCCACAACCACCAGCCACCAUUCGGCCCUCUCUAGCCACAGCCGUCCUCCCGUCGCAGCGCCGCUCCCAUGGGGCGCAGCCCAGCGGCGGCGACAGUGGCGGCAGCAGGAGCACCACCAUGGCUCCUCAGGGGCGUGAGCGCGAGCACCUGGCGCCCCCGGCCCGGGACCACCCGACCACGGGCCAGCGCCGGCGCAGCCCCCACCUGCGCCACACGCUCAGCCCAGAGAACCUGCGCAGCCUGUCGGAGCGCAGCAGCAGCGACGCGGGGCCGCCGGGAUCCAGCGUCGCCGGCCUGGUGGGGCUGCCGCGCGCCAACAGCGACACAGACCUGGUGAGCUCGCAGGGCCGCUCCUCGCUCACCGCCAGCACGGUGGACUUCACCAUGGGCCGGGGACAGAACCUGGUCAUCUCCUGGGACAUCAAAGAAGAGGUGGACGCCACUGACUGGAUCGGUCUCUACCAAAUAGAUGAAACUUGUCCAUCAAACGUGUGGGACUGCAAGAACCGUGGUGUGAACGGGACACAGCAAGGACAAAUUGUGUGGAAACUGGAGGCAGGACCCUACUUCAUGGAGCCGGAGACCAGGAUAUGCUUCAAGUACUACCAUGGAGUCAGUGGAGCGCUGAGAGCCACCACGCCCUGCAUCACAGUCAAAAACCCUGGAGUACAGGCUGAAACUCAAGGUGAGGGGCAAGAAACUACUCGGAGACUGGUCAGCUUCACUCUGUCAGACAUUUGUGCGGUGGGUCUUAAGAAGGGCAUGUUCUUUAACCCUGACCCGUACCUGAAGAUGUCCAUCCAGCCAGGCAAGAGGAGCUGCUUCCCCAGCCUCUCCCACCACGGCCAGGAGAGACGGAGCUCCAUCAUCUCCAACACCACCAACCCUGUGUGGCGGGGAGAGAAACACACUUUCGUAGCGCUGAUGACAGACGUCCUGGUGAUCGAAGUCAAGGACAAGUUUGCGAAGAGCCGGCCGAUCAUCAAGCGCUUCCUGGGUCAGCUGCACAUCCCCGUGCAGAUCCUGCUGGAGAGACAGUCUGGGUGGGUGCCAUGGCAACGCCUCGUCUCCCUCUGUCCUGCUUACACAGAGUGUCAUCAUGCUGAGGCUCUCGAGCUCAAGCUCCACAAAGACCCAUGUAGAAACUCGCAGCCCCUGAGUUUCUCUCUGUGCCGUCGCUUGCCCACGGAUCACGUGAGCGGCCAGAUGCAGCUCAGAGUGGAGGUGACGUCCGCCGGGCACGAGGUUGCAGAGUCCCUCCUCGUGGCUUCGGCCAUGAAUGGAGCCCCCGGCACUCCCUCGGACGAUGAGGACCUCCCGCACCACCUCCCCCUGACCUUGGGGAUGCACUCGCCCACCGGCUCCCUGGGCUCGCCGCGGACCAGCGACGGGGGCCUCAUCACGCCUCCCGAGCGGGACUACCUUCCCAGCGUCGCCCACCUGGAGGACGACUCGCCCUCGUCGCCCGACCUGCUCCAGGGCUCCUUCAGCGAGCAGCUGGACGCCAUCGAGGCGCCCAAGGGCCCCGGCGAGAGGCCCCUGGGGGCCGCCUCCUCGCCCCGGCUCUGCUCCAGCUUCCCCACACACACGCGCCUCAGCGCCAUGCUGCACAUCGACUCGGACGAAGACGAGGAGCGUUCCACGGCCAACGACACCACGCCGCCCACCGUCCACCACGGCGGCCCCAGGCUGCUGCCGCCCGUGCCCUCGGCGCCCCCGGACGAGACCGAGGAAGAGGAGGAGGAGGAGGAGGUGGACUCCUGCAGGGAGGCGGACGAGAUGGUGGGGGUGGUGAUGCCGCCGCUGAGAGGGGGGCCCCCUGCACUGGGAGACGAGGGACCCAGCUCCCUGGCCCCCGAGGUGGGCACGGCCAGACAGGAGGAGCCGGAGGAGGACGGACAGGCGCCCAGCGAGGACCAGAGCACCGAGGUGGACGUGUCGUCCAUGGCCACAGACAGCUGUCCCGCCGGCGCAUCUGGGAACGAGGAUAUGCAAGAGAGUGAGGAGGGAGCAGAGACAGCAAUCGACCCUGGGGGAGGGGAGUCGGAACAGGCCCCACCGACAUCGGACAACACCAGCGAUCCAGCAGAAGAGCCUCCACCCACGGAGAUCGCGAGGUCGCCACCACCGCCGCCACCACCGACGGUGGAGCCUCCAGCCAACGAGGCGGAGGAGGAGGAGGAAGAGGAGCCGGACACCAUGUCGAGGAGGUGGAGCCUAGAGGCCACGGCGGGCGUGUCGCAGGGAGAGGAGGAAGAGGAGGACCUCAUGCCCUCAGCCGAGGGCGGCUCCGUGGACUCGGAGACGUUUGUCACCGACACAGAAACGGAAGGAUCUCCCAGAGCGCAGGUGAAUGGCCACCAGCAUGUUGGUUCCCUCCCCUCGGUCAGACAGGACAUCCAUCGCUACCAGAGGGUGGAUGAGCCUCUGCCACCUAACUGGGAGGCUCGGAUUGACAGUCAUGGCCGCAUUUUCUUUGUGGACCAUGUGAACCGCACCACCACCUGGCAGCGGCCCACCGGCCCGCCGGCCCCACAGGGCCUGACCCGCUCCAGUUCCAUCCAGCAGAUGGAGCAGCUCAACCGCAGGUACCAGAGUAUCCGCAGGACUAUGACCAGUGAGAGGUCAGAGGAGCAGCCUGUGGAACCUCCUGAGGAUGCAGACCUGAUACCCCACAACAUAUCUGAGUACCGGAGGGACAGUCACUCCAGCUCCCGCUCGCGCCUGGCUCUGUUGCUCCAGUCCCCCGGUGCCAAGUUCCUCUCCAGUCCCGACUUCUUCACUGUGCUGCAUUCCAACCCUAGUGCCUACCGCAUGUUUACGAGCAACACCUGCCUGAAGCACAUGAUCAGCAAGGUGCGGCGAGACGCACACCACUUUGAGCGCUACCAGCACAACCGCGACCUGGUCACCUUCCUCAACCUGUUCGCCAACAAGCAGCUGGAGCUGCCCCGGGGCUGGGAGAUGAAACACGACCACACCGGCAAGCCCUUCUUUGUGGAUCAUAACUGUCGCACCACCACCUUCAUCGACCCGCGGCUGCCCCUGCAGAGCUCCCGCUCCAGCGGCCUCCUGGCCCACCGGCAGCACCUGAGCCGCCAGCGCAGCCACAGCGCUGGGGAGGUGGCUGACGACUCUCGAUCCCCGAGCCCCCCCAUGCCCAGGCCCUCCAGCACCUUCAGUGGAUCCAGUCGCAGCCAGUAUCACGACCUCGUCCCCGUGGCUUACAAUGAGAAGAUUGUUGCUUUUCUUCGGCAACCCAACAUCUUGGAGAUCUUGCAGGAGAGACAGCCGGAGCUUGUGCGAAAUCACUCUCUCAAAGAGAAGGUGCAGUUUAUUCGCAGUGAGGGUUCCUCCGGGUUAGCUCGCCUAUCCAGUGAUGCUGACCUGGUUAUGCUAUUGAGUCUGUUUGAAGAGGAAGUGAUGUCGUAUGUGCCACCACAUGCCUUAUUGCAGGCAGGCUACUGUCAUGCCUCUCCCCAAAGUUCUCCUGGUACGCCACGAGCGAAUGCACGGGCUCCUGCUCCCUACAAACGUGACUUUGAAGCCAAGCUGAGAAACUUCUACCGCAAGCUGGAAACGAAAGGCUACGGCCAAGGCCCUGGGAAAGUGAAACUCAUCAUUCGUAGAGAUCACCUUCUGGAGGACGCCUUCAACCAGAUUAUGUGUUACUCCCGCAAAGACCUGCAGAGGAGCAAAUUAUAUGUCAGCUUCGUAGGGGAAGAAGGAUUGGACUACAGUGGCCCAUCGAGGGAGUUCUUCUUUUUGGUCUCUCGAGAGCUCUUCAACCCUUACUAUGGGCUCUUUGAGUACUCAGCUAAUGACACUUACACUGUGCAAAUCAGCCCGAUGUCUGCCUUUGUGGACAACCACCAUGACUGGUUCCGCUUUAGUGGUCGUAUCCUGGGCUUGGCUCUCAUCCAUCAGUACCUUUUGGACGCUUUCUUCACCCGACCUUUCUACAAGGGGCUGCUGCGCAUCCCCUGUGAUCUCAGUGAUCUGGAAUUCCUAGACGAGGAGUUCCACCAGAGCCUGCAGUGGAUGAAGGACAACGACAUUGAGGACACACUGGACCUCACCUUUACAGUCAACGAGGAAGUAUUUGGACAGAUCACGGAGCGUGAGCUGAAGCCUGGCGGGUCCAGCAUCACUGUGUCUGAGAAGAACAAGAAGGAGUACAUUGAGCGCAUGGUGAAAUGGCGCAUCGAGAGAGGCGUGGCUCAGCAGACCGAGAGCCUGGUGCGAGGCUUUUACGAGGUAGUGGACGUGCGACUGGUGUCUGUGUUUGAUGCUCGGGAGCUGGAACUGGUUAUAGCUGGUACUGCAGAGAUCGACCUUGCAGACUGGAGGAGCAACACUGAGUACAGAGGAGGUUACCAUGACAACCACAUUGUGAUCCGCUGGUUCUGGGCUGCAGUGGAGAGGUUCAAUAAUGAGCAGAGACUGCGACUGCUGCAGUUUGUUACAGGCACAUCGAGUAUUCCCUACGAAGGCUUCGCCUCUCUGAGGGGGAGUAACGGUCCUCGCCGUUUCUGUGUAGAGAAGUGGGGCAAGGUCACUUCCCUCCCGAGGGCUCACACCUGCUUCAACCGCCUGGAUCUCCCACCAUACCCCUGCUUCUCCAUGCUUUAUGAGAAGAUGCUCACAGCCGUGGAGGAGACCAGCACCUUUGGCCUGGAGUAACACCACAACCCAUCGCCUCCCUCCGCUACAAGCUUUUUUCUCCACUCUUCUUGAGUCACUACGCGAUACCUCCAAGCCCCCGGCUCUUAUCUUUACCCCUAGUGCCCUAGUCUUCUCCCUGCCUUCAGCCUAUGGCCUUGGUUACUUCACUGUUGCAAAAGGAAAAAACUCUCUCUCUUUAUCAGAUUCAUGCCCUGAAAAAAAAAACACCACACACUGGAAUGAUCUCAUCUGUGGACUUCACUAAUGUCACAUCCGGACUCUUUAUUGUGUAGCAAAUUUAUGCUUGAUGCACACACACACACACACACACACACACACACACACACACACACACACAUGCACGCAUACACACAUGCACACCCAUACAUACACACACACACACACACACACACACACACACACACACACUUGCACACACACACAUUGCACACUUACACAAGCAAUCUUUACAAGAAUGUAGAAAACAUGAUUAAUGUAUGAACUUCUAAUGCUUAAUUGUAGUAUGAAGGUUGUUGUGGAAAUUUUGGUUGUUUGGAAUAGGCUCAAUUUUAAACACUUGAGACCAAUAAUUCGACGGAGACAGGACAAGAGUGGGAAUUGUACUAAGAAGAGAGCUAUCAUACAGCAUCAUGUGAUUCAUUAGAAAGAACAAGGGGGAUUUUCAGAAAAGGAAAACAGAGAGGGAUGCAUCUGUAAUGGAUAACAGUUUUAACUGGCUUAAGAGAUAGUAUUUCACACUCCAGUUCAUAUCUAAAUGUGAACAGGCAAACUUAUAAAGCUGUCUUUGAAUCUACUACUGUGGGAAUAAGAUGAAAACCUACCACAAUAAAUAGCUGUUGUAUGCCCACCUAUUGAGGAUAAUGACCAUGUGACUCAGUCAGCAGCACUGGUGGGCCCCAAGAGAUUAGCCUGCCGUAACCACAAUGCAGGAAGCUAUGAAACAUUCAAUGGCAUGGACUGAGGAGCAAUAAACCAGCCGCCCCCGUGAAAGUCAGACAUAGACUCCUCAGUCACAUUGGCCUCUGGUGCAGGUGCGGUGAAGCAUGUUAGUGAGCAGUCGGUGCAUAUGACGUGCCAUUCCCACUGCAUAUCUACUGUAGUAAUGGAAUGACCGAGUGCAAGAGUGCAUCGAUGUUGCAUGAUCCUCUCCCUGUAAUUCUGUGGGCUCGGGCACAUUCACGGCAUGCAGGCCUACAUGCACUUGGUUGUAUUGUGUUUGGUUUGUCACCCCAGUAGUUGUGGCCCUAGUUAAGAAAAAUAUAGUGUCAAAGCAGCUCUCCAGUAUAACUGAGUCCAUUUAGGUGCAACAGUUUGUUACUGUUUGUUUGUAUGUCACACUGCUCAACACUCACACACAUACUCUAUCUCUUUUACACUCACAAACACACACACACACACACACACACACACACACACACACACACACACACACACACACACACACACACAUUCAAUAUCACAUAUUCAUAAGAGACACUAACAACUAAGUUUGACUACAAUAACAAAUUCAGCUAGAUCUGAAAUUUUCUUGCAUACAGAUCAAAUCUGUAACAAAGUAAAGAAAAAGAGGAAAAAAGCCCCACUUCUCUGUAUAUCCAAACCUGGCUCAAUAAUACUGCAUGCAGGGUCCGCAUAGUAACUCUGUGCCAAGUUUGACCCUUAGAUGGUGUCGUGUUAUAGCUUGAUAUUGCAUGCUGGAAUAGUGCCACAACACCAGACCAGAUUAGCUUUUUGCAUGAGGAUUUCGCUGUAAGGGUGGAUGUAAUGGGGAUGAAAAUGUGUCAGUUUCACUUUCACGUGUCCACAUGGUUUUCUUCUUUUUUUCCCCCAUCUACUGGUUGAUUUGUGUAGGUUGGAGUUCACAGGUCACAGGUCAUGGCUCAUCUCGAAAGCGUGUUAGGGCAAGCACUUGAAAAGCAAGGGAGAAUGUGAGAGACUUUCUGUAUUUUCCAUGUGUGUCCAUAUCUGUAUAUAGUUGUAUGAUACAUAUGUCUGUCCUGUCGUGUGUCGAAAUUAUAUUUUGCACUGAAUGUAGCAAACUUUUUGGGGCAAAGAGUCUGUUGU